GAGGAACGAAACGAAAGCGAAAGUCAGUUCCGUCUGAGCGCAGAAUUUCCUUCUGCUGCACUUUAACCGCGUUCGGCUUCACAGGAGGACGAACAUGGAGGGAUAUCCUUACCCACUGCUGGUGGAGGGAGACUGGUCGUCUAUAAACGCUGAAACACUCCAGAGAAAAGUGCACAUUUACUUCCAGAGCAAGAAGAAGUCUCAGGGAGGAGACUGCGUGGUCCGAUGGUCCGCGCGAGGCUGUACGGUCCACUUCAAAGCAGAAGAAAUCCGGGAUCAGGUCCUCUCUAAGGCUGAGCAUGAAGUCAACAUCGAUAAACAGGUGGUGAAGCUAAAGGUGUCCAAGCCGGGCUCAGGGACUGACUCGGACGAAAAACCACAAGGAUCUGCUGAAGCAGGAAGUGGUGUGUCAACUAAAGCUCUGCAGCCAGCCUGCAGUGUGCGAGCAGAUAAUGUACCUGUGGAUAUCAUCACCAAAGAUAUUCUAGAGCUGUAUUUUGAGAAAUGGGGUGGACCUGUAGAGAAAAUCAGCACCAAUCCAGAGGAGCGAUUCGUUAAUAUUACAUUUCGUUCACUUGAUGCUGUAAAGAAAAUUGUGGCGAAGACGGACCACAUUUUAUCUGGUCAGCCCAUCACCAUACGUCCAUUCUCUGGUAUUGAUGUGAAUCAGACUGAAACCGGGGAAGGUUUAGAAGACGCUCCGUGGUCCAGUGCUGUGGUCCUGGAGAAUUUGCCAGAAAACACUAAUAAAGACUACCUCAUGCUUUUAGUGGAGAGUGUCUGCGGCGAUUCUGAAGAAUAUUCCUUAGAGUUAAUUCCUGAAUCAAACACUGCUGUUGUGACCUUUAAUGACCCCAACGCUGUAGAGAAAUUUCUUAUGGAAUGUAAGACUAAAAGAAAGUUCCAGGAGGGCGGUCUCAUGGUCCAGCGCCUGGGAAAAUGUAGACAUAUUAAGGUGGAAAACCUGCCUGCUAAGUGCACUGAUGAUUUUCUCGAACUUUACCUUGAGAAGUUUGUAGGUGCAGUGGAAAGACUCACGUUAAUACCAGAUGAACACGCCGCUAUCGCCACUUUACCUGAUCAACGAGCUGUCCAGAAUGUCCUUGGGAAACGACACUCUAUUUACAAGACUCCUAUAACUAUAUAUCCAUAUUACCCGUCUUUGGGUUCUGCCUUGUACGGCAAAGACAGACCAACAUGGACACUACCAAAGCCUUUUACAGAUAAAAUCCAUCCUGCUAUUAAACAGUUCCUGCAGAAGAAGGGACAAAUCUCCUCCAUCUGUAAUCAGAUGAGCUCACUCUUCUGCCAAGUGAACAUGGACAAAGAUGAAGUCCAGUUCAGUCCCUUACCUGCCCUGUUGAGACAAAAGGGUAUAACCAAAAAGCACAUAGACAGCUGGAAGCAGAACACCACAGAUGCUUUCAAAAACAUCCUCUCAAGCUUUGGUGUUUUUGAGUAUGCAGUGACGCCUUCAGUAUGGACUGCAGUAGAGAAAGACAUCCGAUCAGUUGUAAAAGAUAAGGCUGUCCUGGAGAUGAAUACCUCAACAGGAUGCCUGAUUCUGGCAGGAAUGGCUAAAGAUAUUGACAUGUUGAAACCUAUACUGGAAAAGCGUAUAAAGGAAGCAUUAAUUCAAACAGAAAGGGACAUGAACAAGACCUCUGAGAGCAUUACUAUGUCCCCAGACAUAUACUUCUUAUUUCAGCAGGAGGGACUGCAAAACACUGCUUCAGCCAAAUACCCACACCUGGAACUGAAGUAUAAAAAAGACAUUCAGCAGUUAGGUUUAACUGGGCUUCUUAUCGAAAUUAUGGACAUCAAGAAUUUAAUCUUGGAGAGACGAUUAAGCAGGAAAGCUAAGAUCCUGAAGAUAGAUAAUUCAUUACUAGAGUUCUUGACAUCAGUGGACUCUGAGGAAAUGUCAGGAGAACUGUUCACAUCCAAGAGAAUUAGUGCAGUCUACAGAUUUGAGAAUGGGAAAAUUAUUUUGACUGCAAGUACAGAGAAAGCACUGACUGAGGCUGAAGAGAGGCUGGAAACAGUGCUGACAGUACAGAGUCUUUCUGUAGAAGAUCUAAGUGUGCUUGAAAAGCCAGAAUGGAAAGAUCUCACUAAUCAGCUAUAUGAGACAUGCAAUUUAUCCAGGAAGAAAACUGUACUUAUAAUUUUCUCAAGGAACAGCAACACAGUUGCAGUUAGUGGCUUUCAGGAACCUGUUAGAGAGGUUAGUAGGAGCCUGAAGGAAUUCAUUAAUACACACUCAAGGAUAGAUGAAACUAUUCGUGUCAGGUCUCAUGCCAUGCUGAAAUUCAUCAAAGAGAAAAUGUCCCAGGUGUGGCAGAAAUUGCAAACAAGGAAUGAAGUAACCAUAAAGUUUGACCCAAAAAGGCCCUUGAUUCGAGUGUCUGGAGAGCGUAUUCAUGUUCAGCCUGCACUAAAGUCUUUUCAGACCAUCGCAAAAAGUCUUCACACUGAUAAGAUGACGAUUAGAAAGGCAGGAGCCAAAAAAUAUUUUGAGGAACAAGGUAGCAUGCUUUUGAUGAUGAUAAAGGAACAAAGAUUUGUGGUUGUACUUGAAGAUGCUUCGACAGAGGAACAGGAGGAGGAGGAGGAUGGUUUCAAUGAGGAGAGUUAUAAUGAAGGCAGAGUGGAAGAUUUUGGACAGCUUUCAUGUCACGUUCAGAUUCCUGGUGGAAUUGUCAUCAAAGUGCUGAAGGCUGAUAUCUGCCAAUUUAAAGGAGAUGCUGUGGUCAAUGCUGCCAAUGAGGAUUUGAAGCACAUUGGUGGUUUGGCAUUAGCACUUCUGAAUGCCGCAGGUCCAUCUUUACAACAAAACAGUGAUCGAUAUGUUGCUAAACAUGGAAAAUUACAACCUGGAGAGGCUAUUACUACAGAUGCAGGCCGCCUGCCAUGCAAAUAUGUAGUACACGCUGUUGGUCCCCGCUAUACCAAUUAUGAUAAGGUUACCGCUGUGAGGAAACUGAGACAAGCUGUGAGGGAAAGUCUAAACCAAGCUGUGCUUAACAGAUGCUCCUCCAUUGCAGUCCCUGCAAUUAGCUCAGGGAUCUUUGGCUUUCCUCUUGAACUCUGCGCUGAGACGAUCGCUCAGGAACUGCAUGCCUAUGUUAACCAAAACCGCCAAAGUGGCAUGAACACACUGAAAGAGAUUCUCUUGGUGGACAAUAAUCCCAAGACCGUCAAUGCCAUGGCUCAGGCUGUUAAGAAGGAGUUUAUAGACUUUAACCCUAGAAUGACAUUUCCACAGGAAACAGGCCAUGGUCGUGGUCAUCAUGGUCAAAAUUAUCAUGCUAACCGAGGUCGAGGAAAUCUUGAACAAGGUUUUGCUAGACAUCAAGGCAGUGGUGGAAGGGGUAAUGACCAACAAAUGUACAGGGAAAAACAUUCUGAACAUUUUGAGGCCCAAAGAUGGUCAGACUCAAAGCCACAAUUUAGAACCCAAUCUGAGGGUAUGAGAACAUCAGGGUCAGGGUUCCUUGAAGCUCAAUCCACAAAAGAAGGCCUAAAAAUCAUACUACUGAAAGGGAAUAUCCAGGAUGCACGCUCAGAUGUAAUUGUCAAUACCGUCUCACACGAGCUGGAUCUUAGUUCAGGUGCCGUCUCCAAAGCAUUACUUAAUGCUGCUGGACCUCAACUCCAGUCUGAAGCUCGUUCUCAUUUGAAAACAUUUCCCGCUUCACGUCUGAAGCCAGGAGACAUAGUGGUUACUAGGGGCUAUAACUUAAACUGUCAAAAUGUCUUUCAUACUGCUUGUCCAUUUUGGAGUGGAGGACAUAAUUCAGAAGAUGAGACUCUCAGAGGAAUCAUUCAGAACUGUUUGAGAAGAGCUGAAAAUCAGAAAAUGGCUUCGAUUUCUUUUCCAGCCAUCGGCACAGGGAACCUUGGCUUUCCCAGAGAACUUGUCUCCAGAAUUUUGCUUAGUGAGAUUCAUACAUUUAGUGCCAGUGUUUUUCUUCAGUACCUUAAUGAGGUCACCGUGAUCCUGCAUCCAUCAGACAACGAGACUGUCCAGUGCUUUAUAAAGAGCUUCAGAGGUGAACGGCAGGGUCCCGUCAUGAAAGAAGCGCAUGCUGUUCAGCAACGACAAGCUAAUAAAACACCUCCUGUUAGAUCAACACAGUCUGCUGGGUUCUUUGGAGCAGUUUCCACUCCUAGCCUUGGAGUUCACAAAAUGCGGAUUGGGCGUAUGACUCUGGAGGUGUCAUCAGGUGACAUCACCAAAGAAAGAUGUGAUGCAAUCAUUAAUUCCUCCAAUCAGUCAUUCUCUCUGAAAGCAGGGGUUUCCAAGGCCAUUUUAGAUGCUGCUGGUUCAGCUGUGGAAAUGGAAUGUGCACAGAUCUUGGCAUCAAAAUCUCAGCAAGCAGAGAUGAUCAUGACUUCAGGAGGACAACUUCCAUGCAGAAACAUUAUUCACAUUCCUGGUCGAAACAAUCCUGCAGAUAUCAAGAGUGUUGUUUACUCCGUGUUAAAGUUUUGUGAGGAACAAAAGUUCUCAUCCGUUGCCUUUCCAGCACUUGGCACAGGUCAAGGUGGAGCCCCUCCUUCUGCUGUUGCAGACGCCAUGACUGAGGCUGUGAUUGAUAUUGUGAAGAAGAAAAAAGUGACAAAUUUGCAAAGUGUAAAGUUCUUGAUAUUCCAGACGUCCAUGGUGUCUGAUUUCCACCAGAGCAUGCUGAAGAGGCAGACAGAAAGUGUGGAGGAGGAGGGUGGAGUAAUGAACUGGAUAAAAGGUGGAUUUAAUUAUCUGACAAACCUUGUCACUGGCCACAGCCAUACACAAACACCUUCACAUGAACAGUUUGAGUUGGUGGGCGAGGAGUUUGAGCCCGUCGUGUUUCAGUUGUGUGGAGAGAGUGAGGAGGACCUGAAUGAGGCGAGAAAAGUGAUCACCAGCUGGAUUGUAAAGGAGCACAUAAGCUCAAAAAUUCAGGACUCAGCCAUCCAAUAUUUCAGCCGGGAGGAGUCUGAUGUGCUGAGCAACCUGCAGAGGGAGCUCACGGUCAGCAUCCAACUCUCAAAGAGCGGCCCUGAGCCAGCGUUCACUGUGGAGGGCCUGACACGAGACGUAGUAAAGGCUGAGAGCCAAAUCCGUGACAUGAUCCGUAAAGUGGAGAAGAAUGUGACGCGUCAACGUGAGGCCUUUAUACUCAGCAGCCAGGUAGAGUGGCUCUAUCAGGACCGCAGUAGGAACCUUGUGCCUUUUGACAUUUUGACUAACUACGACCUGGAGCAGGCUUUUCUAUUUAAACAACCUCGUGUGACGAUCAACAUCGAUAAUGAGCGGUAUGAGGCCCAAGUAGCCUAUGGGAUAGCUAAUGGGAAAUAUGGACAGAUUGAACUGAAGAGGACCGAUCUGAAACAACAAACUGUGUCUCUGCCCAGUCACUGGGACGACAUGAAGGGGAAAUUAGUUUUGGAAGUUCAACUUCAAUCAGGCAAUCAGGAAUAUGCAGAUGUGGAGAAAGAGUUCAGGAAAACAGGACUCACAUCAAAUAUCCUCAAAAUUGAAAGAAUUCAAAAUGAAACUUUGUGGAACAACUACAUGAAUCAAAAGUUUUAUCUGGAAAAAAAGAACAACCAUAAAAACAAUGAAAAGCUGCUUUUCCACGGCACCAGCUUUAAAAAUAUUGCUAAGAUCAACAUGCGAGGUUUUGAUCGCGGCUAUGCCGGGACUAGUGUUGGGGCCAUUUAUGGAAACGGUGUGUAUUUUGCUGUUGAUCCGAACUACUCUGCCCAGGGUUACGCCAAGCCUGAUCAGAAAGGUCACAAGCGCAUGUAUUAUGCUCGAGUGUUGGUUGGUGACUCCACUGUGGGGAAAUCUGGUCUUCUUGCACCUCCAGCCAAAACCUCCACUGGCCCUGAGCAGUACGACAGCGUGACUGAUCCCCAACAAACUAUGUUCGUAAUCUUUCAUGAUGUUCAGGCCUAUCCUGAAUACUUAAUCACGUUCCAGUAAGGGCUGUGUUUACACUGACUCAAGAUUUAUGAAUGACCUUUGCUUUUCCUAUUUAAAUUUGUUACGAUUUAAUUUUAGAAUGACAAAAAAAAAAAAAGCCAAAAACAGAAAUAUAAACAUAUUAUUUAUAGUGUACAAUUUGGAGGAAUUAUACAAAUUAUUUAGCUGAAUAUAAAAAAAAACUACAGAACACUUUUUAUUCUAUAAUGCCAUCACAUUUUUACAAUUGAAGUCACUUUUACCAAAUGUGUAACAAAUAACAAACACUGUAAAUUUAUGAUAAAAAAAUGUUUGCUGCUUUUAUGUUCAUGUUGCUGUUUAGUCACAAUUUAUCUCAGAAUAUUUAUGUACUUAUUAAUGGAUGGUUAAGAGUGUGAAGCUCAAUCCAUUCACUUGAGUAUACUGUACUAUAAUAAUACAUAAUAUAAUGACACAUGUUGUCAUUUGCCUUCUCUGUAUAAGACUAAUUCUUUCAGGAAGUAAAUAUUGGAAACUUUAUCAUCUAUAUCUUAAUAAACAUGCAAUUUCCUAUCAAUUCUGGACAAACUGACUUAUCUGCACAUUUUUUGAAAUACAAAAAUACUUUUCUAACCAUUGCUUGCUGCAAUACUGCACAGUUUAGACUUUGUCCUGUUCCAAAGGGAAUAGAUUAUUUUCAGUGAAAUGCCAGAUUGAAAUUUUUUUAGAGACAUAUAACUGUAAAUUUCAUAAAAACUUCAAUAAUUUCUUUUGAUGUCUUUGCAACAAUGUCAGUUGCUAAAAGCGAUAUACAAACACAAUUUAAUUGAGAUCCAGUGUUAGGCACCGUGAUUUUUUUUCUAACAUAACUACUAGAUUUAGUCAUUUUAAUUUGUAUGUUACUCUCUGAUAUUUUCUUUUGAAAGAAUUGUCUGAUUUUUUACAUUUAAUUCUUUUUUCUAUGUUAAUUAUGUUUUGUUAUAAUUUGUCUGGAACAAACAGUGUCUCUGCUCAGUCACAGAAUAUAAAGGGAAAAAUAGUUUUGUCAGUCGAACUUCAACAAACGCAGUCAGUUCAUUAACAUUACACUGGCAUGUCUCACUCCCUACAGUGCAAAAAGUUGUUUUAUUUAUCAAAUAUUCCAGAUACACUCUUUUUAUAGAUACACUCCAGAUACUUUAUUUGGAUAAACGCAUGGGGACUAAUUAACCCUUUUGAUUAUUACACAAAAAUAAUCAGCAUUUUACUUAUUAUUGUUGUUGAUAAAAAUUAAGUGUUUUGACUGUUGUAACGUUAACUUUGCCCAAUCGGCAAACAUAACGAUAAAGCAGUUUUCUGUGAAAUGAAAGCGGAAAUGGUGUUACGCAGUGGUCCAGGCAGUGUGAGUUUACGCUAGGUGAGCGCAGUUGGCAUGGUGCCGCAAACUAAAGCGAAAGAGUGAGAGACUGGAGCUGGUAUUCACAGCGCAACUAAGCAAAGUGUUGGACGCACAUCUGGACGCAACGUCUAACUCCAUGAUCUUUCCUGAUUUUUAUUUCUUUCUAUACUGUAAAACAAUACUGAUGGCAUUUAUCCAAAAUACGCAAUGAUCUCCUUUAAACAGGUGAUAUUGAGAUGUAUCUGUAUGUGU